AUGAGAGACGGGCUGUCUAGACGUUCCCCUGAGAUUUCCAAGGAACGGACCGUUCAAACUGUCGGCAUGGCGUCAGAUUCCUCCCGGCCAUUCCACCGCGCGUUGGACCUCCUAGCGUCCGACACCCCCGAGAGUGACGGCGAUCUUCUCGAGAUGAUCCGCCGCGCGCGCCGCGACAUGACGCGCCUCUCCGCCGCCGACUCGCGCCCCGCCGUCGCUGGCGGAAAGCACUUCCGCAGUGGCGCGUCCAAGUCCGACAAGGCUUGCCUCUCCGCCGUUGAUUCCCGCCCCGCCGUGGCUGGCGGAAAUCGGAACUUCCGCAGCGGGGCUUCCAAGAGGAGGGCACCAGCAUUCAGCAAACCAGCAGGGGUUGCAGCAGCACGUGCCAGGUCAGCAACACAUGCAACAGGCUCCGCUACAGCCACAGCAGCAGCAGCAGCAGCAGCAGCAACUGCAGCAGCAGCAGCCGCAGCAGCAGCCGCAGCAGCGUCAAGUUGUGACUCUAAAGGGGCCAGUGCCGCGGCCAAGGGAAAGAUCAAAGCGGGUGAGAUAAUGGGGAAUUCUGUGGAUGGUGCAGCAGUGAAGAUCAUGCAGGAAGACACAGCAGCAGCAGCAGCAGCAGCAGCAGCAGCAGCGCCAGGUUGUGACUCUGAAGGGGCCAGUGCUUUGGCCGAGAGAAAGAUCGAAGCAGGCACGAUAGUGGGGAAUGCAGUGGACGGUGAAACAGUGAGAAACGAGGCCAGUACCAUGGCGAGGAGCAAUUUGGAGUCGACUAAACAAUUAGCGUGCUGCAUGUUCGGCACACAGGUGGAGCCUGGAGCAGACAAGGGAGAGGCCAAGGGAGAGCUCGGAGGACACGAUAGUGGGGAAUGCAGCAGAUGGUGCAGCGAGAAAGCGUGCUGCAUGUUCGGCACACUUGUGGAGCUUGGAGCAGUGGUGGAGAUAAGGAUAUGGUGCAUCAAGCUGUGA